AUCUGGGGAAGCAGUUUAUUCCAGUAUCACCCAGGCGCAGCCACACAGAGGCUGAGUCUUGAGGAUACUUACAUUGCAGUUAAGUAGUAGAGGGUGGAUAAAUUCUACUUUGAAGAAAACUUCUCUCUUCUGACAAGGUUGGACUUGUACACAGGCCAGCAUGAAGGAGUAUAUGAUGCUACUGCUUUUGGCUGUGUGCUCUGCCAAACCCUUCUUUAGCCCUUCACACAUAGCACUGAAGAAUAUGAUGUUGAAGGAUAUGGAAGACACAGAUGAUGAUGACAGUGAUGAUGAUGACAAUUCUCUUUUUCCAACCAAAGAGCCAGUGAACCCCUUUUUCCCUUUUGAUUUGUUUCCAACAUGUCCAUUUGGAUGCCAAUGUUAUUCUCGAGUUGUCCACUGUUCUGAUCUAGGUUUGACAUCGGUUCCAAGCAACAUUCCAUUUGAUACUCGAAUGGUUGACCUUCAAAAUAAUAAAAUUAAGGAAAUUAAAGAAAAUGAUUUUAAAGGACUCACUUCACUUUAUGCUCUGAUUCUGAACAACAACAAGUUAACAAAGAUUCACCCAAAAACCUUUCUAACCACAAAGAAGUUGCGAAGGCUAUAUUUAUCCCACAAUCAACUAAGUGAAAUUCCACUUAACCUUCCCAAAUCAUUAGCAGAACUCAGAAUUCAUGAUAAUAAAGUUAAGAAAAUACAAAAGGACACGUUCAAGGGAAUGAAUGCUUUACAUGUUUUGGAAAUGAGUGCAAACCCUCUUGAUAACAACGGGAUAGAACCAGGGGCAUUUGAAGGGGUGACAGUAUUCCAUAUCAGGAUUGCUGAAGCAAAACUAACCUCAAUCCCAAAAGGCCUACCACCAACUUUACUGGAGCUUCAUUUAGAUUUUAAUAAAAUUUCAACUGUGGAACUUGAAGAUUUUAAGCGAUACAAGGAACUGCAAAGGCUGGGUCUUGGAAACAACAGAAUCACAGAUAUUGAAAAUGGAACUUUUGCUAAUAUACCACGUGUGAGAGAGAUACACUUGGAACACAAUAAACUAAAAAAAAUCCCUUCAGGAUUACAGGAGUUGAAAUACCUCCAGAUAAUCUUCCUUCAUUAUAAUUCAAUUACAAAAGUGGGAGUGAAUGACUUCUGUCCAACAGUGCCAAAGAUGAAGAAAUCUUUAUACAGUGCAAUAAGUUUAUUCAACAACCCAAUGAAGUACUGGGAAGUACAGCCUGCAACAUUUCGCUGUGUUCUUGGCAGAAUGAGUGUUCAGCUUGGGAAUGUUGGAAAAUAAUAAUUAAUGACAUCCAUUCAAUAUAAAAUUUAAAAAUGUAUACAUUUGGAAUACUUGAACUGUCCUAGUAAUGGUAGUAUUAUACACAUAAGUAAAAUUCUAUUCCAUGUGGCCAAUGACAAAAAAUUUCAACAUAAUUUUGCCUAAUUAUUGAUACUCAGAAUAAAUGUCUAUUGCAGUGUCCCUUUGCACAUGAACGAUUCUUCGUAAAUCUUUUGCUUGAACAUUCUUUUUUCAUCAAUAAAAAUGAUAUUCAAUAUUUAACCCUUUAUUAUCAAGUCAGUUAAACAGAAUUGUACUGUAAACAGAGUGCUUGACUUAGUAACAUUUGUGUCAUAUCUUUGCUGUUGGAAAAACAAAUCUGGCAAGAACAGCAUUAUGAAGAGUACAUAUAUUUUUAGUAUCUCUUUAAUAACUUGGGUAGUACUGUAAUGUUCCAAUAAUGUUGGGAUAUAUGUAGUUUGACAGAAUCGUAAAAUUCUCAACUUAUAAUAAAGCUUCAAGUAUUCACUAUCAACAGAUAAUAUUCAUUAGAGUUGGUUUUGGAGCUAUAACACAUGAAUUUCUUUUUUAAAUUAUUAUCUGGUUAUAAAAUUGUAAAAACAUAAUGACUGCUAAUAUAAAAUCUAUAAUGUGCAUUUUAUGAUCAGUUAUAUAAGCUCUGAAGAACACAGUAACUACUAGGUUACAUAGUGUUAUUACUUCAACUAGGAAUAUUUCAGGAUAUCCUUUUGAAAGAGUAUGGACACCAAUCAAUUUUAUAUCAACUUAUCUCUUCAAAUAUGCACAUUGGGUAAUCCCUGGAAACACAGCUAAGGUGACAAAAACUGAAAACUGAACAAAACUUAAGAGUGCUUUCAUGUGUGUGGUUUUUUUUAACUGCUGUUAAUGAAUUAAGUAAAAAUUGAAAAUAAGGAAAACAUUAAAUACUGGUUUUAAAUAAA